GAUCGUCCACAACCCCCAAUUGGCCCUGUGAUGUUUGAUGAGGUUCAUAAAGACCACAUGGUUGUUUCAUGGAAGCCUCCUCUUGAUGAUGGGGGUAGUUCAAUAACCAACUAUGUCAUUGAGAAGAGAGAUACUAACAGAGAUCUCUGGAUGCCUGUAACUUCAGCAACCACCAAAACAACCUGCAAGGUUCCCAAACUGAUUGAAGGAAGGGAAUACAUCAUUCGCAUCUGUGCAGAAAAUACAUAUGGCAUCAGUGAUCCUCUAUUGUCAGAUGAAAUGAAGGCCAAGGAUCGCUUCAGAGUUCCAGAGGCACCUGAGCAACCACUUGUCAAAGAAGUUACGAAAGAGUCUGUUCUACUCUUAUGGAAUCGACCCCGUGAUGGUGGAAAACCUAUAUUUGCCUAUAUUGUAGAAAAGAAGGAAACUAUGGCCAACAGGUGGACAAAAGUAUCAAGAGAGCCUAUUUAUCCAGACACACAAGUCAGAGUAACAGACCUUCUGGAGGGAUGUGAAUAUGAAUUCAGAGUAUCAGCAGAGAAUGAAGUUGUGUCGGUGAUCCAAGUCCACCAUCUAAACCAGUGUUCGUCAAUGAUCCAAUAGUGAAACCAAGCCCUCCAGUCAACCCAGAAGCC